CUAACUCACCAGCUGAUUGAGAAAACUUUGGUAGCUCUGGUCAGGCUUCUGCAGAGGCUCAGUUACUGCCAGAGAGCUGUUACAGACUGAUGGUGUGUCUGUCUGAGUGUCCGUCCAUGUAUCCUUCUUCUCUGUGUAUGUGAGCACUUCCUCCUUUGGAUUCAUCCUCAGCAGCUUUCUACUCUGAGCGAUUGGAUAAACGACUGAGGAGAGAUGGGACCUCGUACAGCCGUGGCUCCUUCUAAGGAGGUGAAGGCGGUUACAGGCAGAGGAUGCGGAGGUCAGGGAGGAGCCCGGCUGAGGAGCAGCAGUGACGGCAGCAGAUACAGCAGAAGAGGAGUCGGCCUAGCCAACAACUCCUCCUCCUCCUACUCCUCCUCCACCUCCUCCUCCUCUUCCUCCUCCUCCUCUCCAUUGCUCUCUAACCCCAAAUCAGUCUUGAAGAAACCAGUGAGCACCGAUGAGCUGCAGAGACCAGGAGGACCCUACAUAAAGAAAACAUUUACAAUUGUGGGCGAUGCAGUGGGUUGGGGGUUUGUAGUGAGAGGGAACAGACCGUGUCACAUCCAGGCUGUGGAGCCCUGUGGCCCAGCUGAUGCUGCUGGGAUGAAGGUUUGUCAGUUUGUGGUUUCAGUCAACGGGCUCAAUGUCCUCAAUCUGGACUACCGCACUGUCAGCCACCUGAUCCUAACAGGACCCAGAACUGUGGUGAUGGAGGUGAUGGAGGAGACCGACCACUGAGCAAUGAGAGAAACGCUGACUAAUAUGUGUGUCCUGUCUGAGGUUUUCUUCAAAGGACUACAAGAACACAAUAAUCAAACAGGAAAUAACCUUGUUAGGAGUUACAUGGGAAACAUUCUGUUUUUAGAUUAUUGUCAAGCUGAUGAAGGGCAUUUGUUUUCAGACUGGCUGGCUGAAGAAAUAACUUUACGAUCAAUGCUUGUGUUGGCAGCCACAUCUUCUGAAUAAGAAGCUUGUUAAGUUUUAAAUAACGUAAAGGCGCCCACAAAGAAUCCAGCAGUCUUUGUAGUCGGGCAUGACUCUCAGAAAAGAAUUCUUGGAGGAGAAUCUGUCAACACAGUGUCGUCAAACAAUGAUAUUAUGAGAGUUAAUUCGUUGCAAGUAGCCUGAGGCUGUUUUCUCAACACAGCGUGGCCUUUUGGGUCUCAAACUCACAGUGCUAGUUUGGGAGUGGUGCACUGCUUAAAACAAGCAGCCAGCUUAUUGUUGGAGCCAAGCUAAACACUGAACCAAAUAUCCAAACAUGAUGGCUAAUCUGUUUGAAGCUGCUAAGUCACUGCAUGAAAAAGCUUUCCAAUUUCAUGCCCCUUGACUCAUCAGAAUUAUUACAUCUCUCUGGUUGAAUGAGAGUCACAAAGGGAAAUGAAAACAAAUUAUUGUGUGAAAGGAUUCUUGGUGGUUUAUAAAAUAUAUUUUAUCUUAAGUCAAAGAGAUGUUUUUCAUGUGUCAGGAAAUAUUCCUUAGUUUCACAGACAUUUUUUAAAGGACCAGUGUGUAGGAUCUAGUGGUAUCUUGCAAUGAAGUUGCAUAUUGUAACCAGCUGAAUACCACUCGGCUUUCUCGUGCGUAGAAGAACGAAAAGGCCCUAUCUAGAGUCAGCGUUUGGUUUGUCCGUACUGGAUUCCUGAAUGCAAAGAUGUUUCUUGAACAGCAGCGAGAAGAGACGUACUCCCCUUACUUCAAGGACACGCCUUACCUGAAACAAUGCUCCCCCCCCAUUCUCCUCCGCAGCGAAACAAACUGGAGAUAAAGUGAAUAAUUUUUCCAUAUGUCAUCGCGCUAAAGACUUUGGAUUAGUUCUGCCAUGCAGAUUUUUUUUGUUUCUAUUUCCAACCAGUUUCAGCAACAUAACUAAAAUAAAGUCAUCUCUAUUGAGCGAAGCCUUUAGAGACUGCCUUGGGAGUCAUUAGUCACAAAAACAUAACAAUUCCUAUUUCAGGUGAUUAUACACACAUAAAAACAUACUGAUGAAUAUUAUAUU